AUGGCUCAGCGUCUCGCUCAAGUCACAUCACACCUUACGUACCCAGCUGGUCUUCUGGCCAAUACUGUUGCCAUCAUCACAGGUGGAGGACAAGGAAUUGGCGCAGAGACGGCAAGGUUGUUUGCGAGGGAAGGUGCCAAGGUAGUAAUUGCUGAUAUUGACGAGAAGAGAGCAAUUUCCGUCGCGGAAUCCAUCAACAACAUUGUGCCUGCUCGCGCUCUCGCAGUACCUGGCGAUAUCCUUAAUGACGACUAUAUUAGGCAUCUGGUCCAAAAGGCCGCCGACUUUGGCAACGGAAAGAUCCACAUCAUUGUCAACAAUGCAGGGUUUACUUGGGAUGGGGUCAUACAUAAGAUCACUGAUCCACAAUGGGAUGCUAUGCUAGCCAUCCACUGUACAGCACCGUUCAAACUUGUUCGGACAGCUGCGCCAUACUUCCGCGUGAAAGAUGGGGAGAGUCGCGUGAUUAUCAAUAUUAGUUCAACCAGCGGGCUUCAUGGAAAUGCCGGUCAGGUCAACUAUUCAGUCGCCAAAGCUGGCAUGAUUGGCCUAACUAGGACUAUUGCCAAGGAAUGGGGUCCCCAAUUUGGCGUCCGUGCCAACACCAUCGCUUUCGGAUCGGUACAAACCCGUUUGACAGAGGCCAAGGAAAAUGGCGCCUUCAUCACCGCCCCAGACGGCAGCAAGGUCGCGCUGGGUAUCCCAGCCCGGCAGCUAGAAAGUCGUAAGGGUGGCACUGGGGUUAAGCAGCAGUAUCCAGAUAUCCCGCUGGGCCGACCGGCGAGCGCUGAAGAGGCGGCGCGAUCAAUUCUGGGUGUUGCUAGUCCACUAUUUUCAUAUGUAAACGGAGAGUCGAUUCGGGUGACUGGAGGAAGGAAUAUGUAA